GUGCUGUGCGAGCUGCUGCCGGUGGCGGUGCCGUCGCUGGUGCUGUCGCUGCUGGCGGCGCGCGAGGAGGAGCCGCUGCUGGCGGCGCCGUGGCUCGUGCCCGAGGCGCACGCCCCCGCGCUGCUGGAGCGCUGGCGCCGCCGCCUGCGCUGCCCGCCCGGCCCGCGCGCCUGGCCCGCGCUCCAACAGAGCGCCAGCCAUUGGGAGCUCGGCAACUGCAGCUUCCUCGUGGCGCAGUGCGAGCGCGCCCUGGAGGCCGCGGCGUCCGUCCUCCAGCGGCCGGCCUCCUCCUCCUCCGCCCACUGGGCGCCGUGGAACUUCCUGAAGGCGGAGCGGGGCGCGCCGCCGCCGCCGCCGCCCUCGCCGCCGCUCCGGCGCGCGAAGCCAGGCCGCUGGGCGCGUGUCGCGCGCCGCUCCCCCGCGCUGCCGCGCCUACGGUGCACGCCUGGAGGAGCGCGUGGAGCCCGCGCGCCGCCUGCUGGAGCGCUUCCUGGCCGCGGAGGGGUCCGAGGCGGGGAUGGGGGCGGGGCCUGCCCCCCAGUGGCCCGAGGGCGACGUCCGACAGCUGGGGCUGCAGCGCCGCUGGUGGCCACCGGCCGCGUAGACGCGCGAGGGGGCAAGUCGGGUUUGCAAGUGUGCCAUGGGAUGAAGCUUCGACGUUCUUUGGAUGUUCCUCUCUGA